ACCUUUAGUGAUUUGUAUUCUAUUUUACUUUCAGCACAUGAAAAUAUUUCUACUUCUGACCAUCGAAGAGAAUGGAAAACCAUUUUCCAGAUCAGCCCUCAUACAUCCUCCUGAUGGCCUAACAACUGAAUGACAUGUCGAUGCUGAGUAUGAUCCAUUUCAAUCAUUUGAGGAAGCUCUCCCUGAUAUAGGGGAUUGGAUGUACAAUGACGGACAUACGUUUAAUGAAGGAUUUGAAGAUGGUUUGAGUGAGGAGUGUGCAGAAGAGUCCAAUUUCAAGGACACAACAGACAAACCAAUACAUGACAAUGCAUCAGAAACCAUGGCAGAGUGCCUUCUGAUCAGCAUGGGUUAUGUAAACUGUCCUAAAGUCACAGGUAAGGCCCUAAGCCAUAUGCUCAAAAUGUUCAAGUUGCUUUAUCCCGAUAGUCUGAACACAGACUGCUUAAACAGUGUGCAGAAGUUCCAAAACUUUUUUUUAUCCCACUCUGCAUCAUCGCCUACUAUAUUACAUAAAUCCUCCAAGAAUUGUUUUGGGCCAAUAGAAAGUAAACAAAUAAAAUGCCUGCUUUGUGGUACCAGUGUGUCAGAAGAAAGAUUCUCAUCCUUUUUUUAAAGUAUGUACAGAUUGAUUUCUUGUUUACCACAGCACAUUCAUGUGCCAAAUGGGCCCUCGUUGGUGAAUAUAAACAUGCAGGUUUUUCUUUGCUGCAAGAUAGUGUAACAUAUGAGACAUGCAGUCAUGUUAUUCCCCUAUUGGAAACCUCUGCAGUACAGUAGUAUUCUUGGAUGACAUAUUGGGUAAAGUUGUUUUCCUUGACUUCACAUCUAUGCCUGGCAUAGGGAUUGCAGUUCAUUUCCCCAACACACUUGAAAAGUUUGAAAUAAUGAAGAACUGAACUGGCCUAAGAAGCCACAAAUCAAAUCUUUAAUCAUUGUUAUAAAUGCUCUGAAAAUACACACUGAUGUGAUGUUGCCGUGGAUUCUGUAAAUAUGUACUGUAUAUGGAGUAUCAUUGUUGAUGAUGUUUUUGCAUUGUGUGUAAUAUUUCAGUGGCAAAUAUAUUACAUUUACUUGUUUAAUAAAGCCACUGUCCUUUUUAAUGAAUACAUAGGCCUACUAUGCUACUGUAUUUUAAUAUUAGUCCUUAUGAUGGUGGUUGGAGAGCCAAAUAUCUUCUGAAGUGGUACUUUGUUAAAAGAGUUUGAGAACCACUGCUCUAGAAAGUUCACAAAUGUUAAAAGCUCUUAAAAAGUGUCUUGUGAUCAUAUCAGUAUUGUUUGGGUUCAGUUUUAAAUCUCACAAUUGUAGUCACUGAGUUACUGUACAUGACGUGUGGAUAAGAAAUCAACAAAUUAAGUCCAACUUUAUUUAAAUAAACCAUUUAGAUUACAGACCAUAUAUCCAUAUUGUCUGAAUUCAUUAUUUUCUCCCAAUGUUGGCAUGAGAUCAACUGGAAUAUGAUUGAGGUAUAACUAAAUUGAGCCCAUUAAAAUGCAUUUUUUUAGAAAACGGGUAUAUCUAACAACUCAAAUAGUGAGCAGUGAGAGACAAAACCAAGUAUAUCUCUCACUGAGACAUCAUUGAGACAUAUUGAAACCAAUACUCAUCAAUUGUCUUUUUGCCGAAAUAGAAAAGAGACAUCUGAGAACUCAAACAGUGAGUAGUGAGAAACAAAACCAGGUGUUUCUCUCACUGAGUCAUAAUUGAGAUAUAUUGGAGACCAGCUCAUUCAUCUCUCAUUUUGGUCUUAGUUGAAAUGGGGAAAAGAGAUAACUAUUAGACAACUAUGAGAUCUCUCAUAGUGCUCACUGUGAGCCUUAUUUCUCAGGAGAUACAUUUGAGAAGAAUGAGAAAACUACUUUGGUCUCCAUUAGUGCUCUUUUAUGUCUAGGAGAUAGAUAUAAGACAUACAUGAGAUCUCAUCUUCAAUUUUGCUUUGCUAUGGGAAACAAGAGUUUGAUGAGCAUUCCUCAACUUUUUCGGUCUUUUUUGACACUCGUGCCAGCUUUUUUAAAGCAUGUUGCAGGCAUCAAAUUCCAAAAUGAGCUAAUAUUUGCAAAAAAAAAAGUUUCUCAGAUCCAACAUCAAAUAUCUUGUCUUUGCAGUCUAUUCAAUUGAAUAUAAGUUAAAAAGGAUUUACAAAUCAUUGUAUUCUGUUUUUAUUUACCAUUUACACAACGUGCUACUUCACUGGUUUGGGGUUUUGUACAUGUUGACAGUACAUUGCAGUGUUAUUUUGUUACAGCCGUGCCCACUGUGUGAAGUACUUUUGCAAGACUCCUAGCAAUAAUAUUACACUUCACCAAAGAGCCUGCUGUAAAAGAAAUGACCAUUGAAUGAAGAUACAUACUCAGGUCACCGUGAUCUGAAAAGGAGAGUGAAGAAUGUUUUUGUAUUCCCCAGAUUCUAAUCAUCUUGGAUGAAUAAACAAGCAAUUCCUAAUUUCACUUGGAAAUGUGUUUACUAUAAAAGUGUAGCACUGUUUCCACACAAAAUACCUUCUGUUUUUGAAAAGAUGCCCAUGUGUGUCUUCCAGGUUGAACAUUCCACCCUUUGUGCCUGCCCGGACUGUGCUGGAAGGCCUCGAGUCAGAGGAUGCGUGUGAAGACAAGAAAGCUGUAAAAAAGGAGAUCCAUAGCAAAAAGGUCAAAUAAGUACAAACAAGUAUUUUACCUCGAUUAUUAACAGUUUAUUUUGCCCAAAAAUGUUAAGGGAGCCAAAAAGGACAAAAUGGAAGAGGAGAAUACAGACCUGCUCAGACUUUGCCACACAGUACCGCUGGAGGUGGUGAACUUAGGUGGGAAAGGUUACGAUCCAGAGAAGAAAGACUACUCAGGUUUUGAGGCCUGGUUGCAGUGUUACUAUGUGGAUGGAAUGAAGUCUGUACGCGACCACAAUGGCAGGACUAUGUGGUUCAAAGGCGAUCCAGGUCCUAUGGCUCCUAAAGAAUCAAAGUCUCCAAAGGCCAAAAAGAGAAAAGAUACAGAUGCAGACCAUGAUUACCCCCGCAAGAAAAAGGUGUCCAGGAAACACAACUCUGACAGCACAGUGAAGAAAAAAGCAGUCAAAAAGCCCACAAAAGCAGCAAAGGAAGAAGAAAAUGGACCUCAAGAAGAAGCCACACCCAGAAGAAGAUCAGCAAACACACCUCAGCAAGAACCGAAUCCACGUCAGGCAGGAGGAAAAAGAACAAUACAGAGCCAGCUGCAGGCUUCAAGACACGUAGCGGGAGACUGACAAGACAGAAUGUCAAGUAAAGGACAUCUAUUGGAAAAUACUGUUUUUAUUCCAUGAUACAUAUUUUUAAUAAACAUUCCACACGUUUA